GUUUGGAUCUGGUUUUUAUGAAAGGUGAAACCACGGGAAACAAGUCUUAGAGAGAUUUUUUUUUUCUUUUUUUGAUCAGGAAGGGAGAGAUAAACAUAGAAGAUCGAGGAAGAAUCUUUCGACCGAUUUGUAUCACUCUUCCUCGACAAAUUCUAAUCUUGACUUUUUAUGGGAAUUGUUCCUCCCUCGCGAUUCCGAGCUUCUUUAGGUUCUUGACGAUUUGAAGUAAUGAUUCUUAUCCUAUAAGUGGAGAAAGCAAGCGAUUCAAGUGAUGUGGACUAAUGUUUUCAGAAUUGGGGGUCUACAUAAUGUUUCUUGGUUUCAGUUUCUUCCAAGUGAAACUGAGCUGAAUCCUGGCUCUGAUAGAAGUUCAAGAGCUGAGCAGAAUGAUGUUGCAUCAUAUCUUGUGCUUUCAUCUCAUUUGCGGUUGCAGAAGGAAGGAUUUCUUUGCACAUGGACCAAUUCCUUUGUUGGACCUUGGGAUCCAUCUCAAGGUUUAUACAACCCUGAUGAAAAGAUCAAGCUUUGGCUUUUUCUUCCUGGGCGUCAUUCAUCAAUCACUGAUAAAGCUCAGGCUGCAGUCUCAAAACUUAGAGUCGUUGCGUCAGGAAUCUGGGUAGCACCUGGGGACUCUGAAGAGAUAUCAGUUGCCUUUUCACAGUCUUUACGUAAUUGCAUUGAAAGAGCAUUGACUGGACUUUCCUACAUGAGAUUUGGAGACGUUUUUUCAAAAUUCAGCCCUCAAAGUGAAGAUUAUUUGAGGAGGGGACAGCCUACUGUUGAAUUCAUCUUUGCUGCUACCGAAGAGGCAGUUUUUGUCCAUGUCAUUGUAUCCGCCAAGAAUGUCCGGACACUUUCAUGUAGCGAUGCCGAAAGACUGUUAAGGAGUUCUUUGAAAAACUCCAGUUAUAGGCUUCCAGUGAUUGUUUCUCCUCAUGGAAUGCGGGGCAGCCUCACUGGAUUCUGUCCCAAUGACCUUGUCAAGCAAGUCUACUUCAGUUCUGGAAACUUAAGGACUUCGAGUGGAUAUAUUGGUCUCGCUUCUCAUGUUGGUCGUGGGCCCCGUAUGAUAAAUGGCAAUCAUUGUUACGUGGAAGUUACACUUGGUUGCUGCCAAAAUAUAAAUGACAACACAAGUCAAACUAAUUCGACCUUCCCCCAUAAUCAGUGUCCUGAACCUUCAGUUGGGAGUAAAGAUCACCGGAAAGGACAACCAGAUGUUUUAUCGGUGUGUGAAAAAAAGUUCAUAUAUCCAGCUGAGGCAGUGCUUGUGCCAAUCUUACAGUCGGCAUUUGCUAAAUUUUCUUUAAAAAGAUUUUGGCUUCAAAACUGGAUAGGACCAUCACUGGCAGGCUCAUCGUUAUUUAUGCACUGGGCUGGUGAUUUUGACUUCCUUGGAGCAUCUGGAAAUAAGAGUGACGGAUAUUAUGAAAAAAAUGGUUACAAUAGCAGCGGCAGUAGCCGUAAUAGCAGCAUUAGUUCAACAAGUAGUGCGUCUAGCGGGAGUGGUUGGAGAAUGACUUCAAGAACUGGUGACCUUGACGCGGAUGCAGAUUCUUUGACGUGUAGGCAAUCUGGUCUAACUUGUAAUGAUGAUCGCCCAAAAAUGGGUUCCAAGCGGCCGCGAACAGGGAUGGCAGAGUCAUUCGGUCAAGUAGGCAUUGCAAAUGAUAAAAUUGGUUGGGAUUGGGAUGAUGACGACGAUGGGGAUGAUGAUAGAGGAGUUGGCAUGGAUAUCCAGGCACUUCUUUCAGAGUUUGGAGACUUUGGUGACUUCUUUGAGAAUGAUGCUUUGCCUUUUGGGGAGCCACCGGGAACAGCAGAGUCUCAUGCGCUCAUGUUUCCUCCAGAUUCUGCUGAUGUAGGUUCUAGUCCAGUCGAUAUGAUGGAUGUAUCAGACCAGAUUGUUUUGCCUGUUGGGUUUUCCUCUUUUGAGAGCUUUAAUCCUGUUCCUCCUAUCAUAGACGAGUCCCUUAUCAAAAAUCAAGAAGUCUUUAACAGCAGUGUCACUUCAGUUCCUAUAAAUCAAAUGUCAAGCUCUUCUACUGGUGAGUUCGAUCAUUUGAUGAAAGCAGAAGCUAUGAUGACCUUUGCUCCUGAGUAUGGAGCUGUAGAAGCACCUAUGAGCGAGAUUUCCUCGACGUUCUUCAAAAGCCCAUAUCUUCCCAAAUCUCGCAAAGUAGAGAGUUCAAAUUCAAGAACGAGUAACUACGUUUAUGGACCCACACCACCUGCUACUGAUUCUGAUGGAGUAGCCGAUAAGAUUUUGCUGGGAUCAAAAGCAUGCAUUGGCAACAAUGAUAGCAGAACUUUGUUUCAGUCGAAGUAUUACACUCAAGUAGAGAGCAGAAAAGACCAAUAUGAUAAGCUACCUACUGUAGUUAGUGACAACAAGAGUACAAAGGAGGGUGUUUCUCAAUUAAAGUAUUCAAACUAUAGUGCUGGUAGUGCUGUUAAGACCGUACAGGGGAAAAAGACUGACGGCAUAUCUGGUGUUGUAAGUACUUUAUUAUCUUCAAAGACCUUGCUGGCAACAGAUGUAGGAAGCGUUAUGUUCCAAGCUUUCAUGUGCAGGAUGCGGCACAUAGUCAUUUCUUCGAAGCACCAUUCACCUGUUAGUCUGACUAGGCUUACUGGAAACUUUUUCCUGAACCAGCUGCCAAAUGAGCCCAGUACUCUGACAGACAACAUAUCUGCAAGGAACGAGAUAUAUAAGAAAGAAAUACCUACCAGAAUAGCUGGAGAUUUUGACGGAGGAAUGUUAGAUAGCCACAUGAGUGCACCAGUUGGCGUGUGGCGGACUGUUUCAGUCCCCAAAGCAGCAAAACCUGCUAGUUCGCCGAAUAUUGAAGCAGGCUCAUCCUUGCCCCAUAGUUCAUUUAGCGAAGACAGCUUGCUUUCUUAUGGCCAAAGGCAGCCAUUGCAGGAGCUUCUAGACGGAAUAGCGCUACUUGUACAGCAAGCUACGUCUUUCGUUGAUUUAGCUCUGGAUUCAGAUUGUGGAGAUGGACCUUAUGGCUGGCUUGCACUGGAAGAGUUAUGGAGACGGGAGCUGUCGUGUGGACCCUCUGCUGGCCAUGCAGGUUGUGGGGGAACUUUGGCUUCCUGUCAUUCUCUGGACAUUGCGGGUGUCAAGCUAGUUGAUCCACUCUCUGCUGAGGUUUUUCCUUCGUCUGUCAUUACUCUACUGCAAUCUGACAUCAAAACAGCUCUGAAAUCUGCAUUUGGUCAGUCAGACGGCCCGUUAUCUGUCACAGAAUGGUGCAAGGGCCGAAAUCAAUCAGUGGAUGGAGGAUCUAUCUCUGAGGGAUCUACUGCUGAGUCAACCCUGAGUGAAGCGUCAAAUGUAGUAGAUGGUGCGAAAGGAGAGGAGACCGCUCAUAGCCAAGACAUAUACAGUUCAGAAUUACUCCGACCAACACUUUUUGUUCUUCCAUCACCUUCUAUACUUGUCGGGUACCAAGAUGACUGGCUUAAAAUAUCAACCAACUCCUUGCCACAUUGGGAAAAAGCCCCUUUUGAGCCAUAUGCUCUGCCGAAAAAUAUUAACUAUACUGUUGUAUGCCCGGAUAUAGAUCCUUUAACCUGUGCUGCUGCUGAUUUCUUCCAGCAACUUGGAACUGUUUAUGAGACGUGCAGACUGGGAACCCAUUUGCCACAUAUCCUGGGAAAUCAGAUGGAAACUGACGCUGGAAGAUUAUCCUCAUCUGGAUUUGUUCUGCUUAAUUGCCCUCAAUCAAUGAAGAUUGAAAGCAAUAACACAUCGCUUCUUGGAUCUCUGAGCGAUUAUUUUUUGUCUUUAUCGAAUGGGUGGAAUGUGAGCAGCUAUCUGAAGUCAUUAUCAAAAGCGCUGAAAGGUCUGAAGCUUGGGUCUUGCCUUUACACAAACCAGAAAGAAGGAUCAGCUAGUCCUUGCAUGGUAGUGUACAUAGUGUGUCCAUUUCCCGACCCUUCGGCAGUUUUAAGGACAAUCGUGGAAUCGUCUAUUGCACUUGGAUCAGGAAUACAGCCAGAUAGAGACAGGAGAUCGAUGCUUAACAGUCAGGUUGCAAGGGCGUUUGGUAGUUCUGCUGCUGUAGACGAGGCAUCAAUAUCUCACAUUCCAGUGCUUUCGGGGUUUAGUGUCCCUAAACUAAUUCUACAAGUGGUGUCUGUUGAUUCUAUUUUCCGGAUAACAAGUCCAAGCUUUAAUGAGCUUGUUAUUCUCAAGGAUACUGCUUUUUCUGUUUACAAUAAAGCUCGGAGAAUUUCACGAGGAAUGCCUAAUGAUGGAUUUCUCUCUUCAUCUUUAUCAAGCAGAUCCUCUUCAGCCUUGUCAUCAAUGAGCUCUAUUUCAGGAAUCUGGAAAGACUGCGUUGGUUCUCGAAUGACAGGUUCUACACAUCCAAGAGAUGGCGAAACAGGUGGUUGGGAAAGCUCCUGGCCAAUAGCAAGAUCUGGAGGAUUAAGCUGCGACCCAAACAGAAAUGGAGAUUUUUACCUUAAUGAUGAAAUUUUCUAUUUAUUUGAACCACUUUUCAUUCUUUCCGAGCCUGGUUCCGUGGAGCGUGGAGUUUCACCUACUUUCGGCAGCUUGGGAUCUGAGUCUUCAAAGCCAAUACCUGAGGAUGGCGGCAGAGGUUCUGGACCUGGCGUGAAUUCAAUGGAAGGUAUACCAUCGGGAUCAAGCUCCCAGGGUGAUACAUCCCAGCUUGAAGGAAAGGCUAUUCCUAGUUUGCAUUGCUGCUACGGUUGGACGGAGGACUGGAGAUGGCUUGUAAGCAUCUGGACGGAUGCCAGGGGUGAAUUGCUCGACACCCAUAUAUUCCCCUUUGGUGGUAUUAGCAGUAGACAGGAUACCAAAGGGCUGCAGUGUCUUUUUGUUCAAGUUCUGCAGCAGGGAUGUCAAAUACUACAGGCAUGUUCUUCCCCUGACAAUGGAUCUUUCAAACCCAGGGAUUUUGUCAUUACACGCAUUGGAAGCUUCUUUGAGCUUGAAUACCUAGAGUGGCAAAAGGCAAUUUACUCAGCUGGAGGUCCUGAGAUUAAGAAGUGGCCGAUUCAACUUCGACGCUCUGCUCCUUCUGGCGUAGCCACCAAUAACAACGGAUCUUCCUUGCAACAGCAGGAUCUGAGUUUGAUUCAAGAGAGAGCCUCGUCAACUAGCACACUCUACAGCUCUCAUGCAAAGCCAUCCACCUUUGUGAAAGGCACGAUGGGGCAAUCUGCUGGAAGAAAGCAGAUAAUGGGUGGGCAAACUAUUUCUGGUACUCCAAGGGGUUUGUUUCAGUGGGUUCACAGCAUCAGUUUUGCUUCUAUCUCACUUGAUCAUUCUCUGCAUUUUGUUCUUCCGACUGAGUUGGUAUCUCCUGGUGGUGGCCAGAGCAGUACUGGUAUGAGUUCGAUAAAUUACAUUGAAGGUUUCACUCCUGUCAAGUCUCUUGGGUCAACGGCUUUCUCUUACAUGAUGAUACCAUCACCCAACAUGCGUUUUCUUCACCCAAGUCCUCUUCAGCUUCCUACAUGCUUAACUGCGGAAUCACCUCCGCUUGCUCACCUCCUUCACAGCAAAGGCUGUGCAAUCCCCUUGUCUACUGGAUUUGUUGUUUCAAAAGCUGUGCCUUCCAUGAGAAAGGACUCGAGAAUAAACAUGAAGGAAGAAUGGCCAUCCGUUCUCUCUGUAAGUCUCAUAGACUAUUAUGGUGGUUAUGACCACGCUCAUGACAAAAUUCGUCAAGGAAUCAUGAAGCAAGGCGGGGGAAUCAAAGAAACUAGAGAUUUUGAGGUUGAAAGCCAUCUUAUCCUUGAGUCAGUUGCGGCAGAACUUCAUGCUCUAUCGUGGAUGACUGUUAGUCCAGCAUAUCUGGAUAGGCGGACGGCGUUGCCGUUUCACUGUGAUAUGGUUCUUAGAUUGAGACGUCUGCUUCAUUUUGCGGAUAAAGAAGUCUCCAGACUACCAGAUAAAUCGGGAGUUUGAAAGAAAGCAGCAGCAUACAUUUAAGGCACUUCGGUUUCUCGGGGUAGUUCACCGGUGCUAUACGUUAUAAAGUAGGAAGAAAUGGUGUAGAUCUACUAGAUGUAGUCCAGGUUUUUAUUUGGGGCUUAUAAAAUCUGUAAAAAAAAUAGCAUUUACGGCUUGCUCUACUGGUUUCACUUUAGGUGAAUAGAUUAGUUUCGUUAUUACCCCUUACCUUGUAUUUGUAAUUUACUUUAUUUAUAAUUCCUCUGUAAAUUUGGCACGACAUUCAGUUUGGUUUCCCAGGGCGCAGACUUUUUUUCUUGUAGAACUCCGGCUACUUUUGAGGCUGGACAUAAUGGUUUUCUAUUUAUUAGUCACAUAAUAACUGAUCCUAUGAGUUGUGCAGCUGAAGAUUUUGACAAUAAACUCGGUUCUCAGUACUCAAGAGUCUCUCUUCCAUCUUUGGGACCAUCUUGCGACUAUCUGUUUGCCAGCCUAUAGAUUGCAACUUGCUUCGGUGUUUAUAAGAGACCUCUCUACAUUAUUGGAGUUGCUCCUGUUUCUUAUGCUGGACACAAGAAUAUGGAUGGAGAGCUAGUAAUUGGACAAUAAAAGCGGCGGCCAGUUACAAAGACGUUUGUUUUUAUUUCCAGGCAAAGGUAAUGAGAACUUAAAUGCUAUGGCAUGGUCCCAUUCUUUCUUCUAUGCAUCACAUGGCUUUAACAGAUUCUUGUCUGAAACGUCCAACAUUCCCAGUCUUACCCUUUUAGUUUAUUCUGUUAUGUAUACAGACAGAGUAAGGUUCUAUUAAGAAAUGAAAGAUUGGUGAGUGGGUGGUUUGUUUUGGGUCCCUAUGAAUGCUUUAACACUUAAUUAGUUAAUUUCCAAGAAGAUGACUUCAGAUGCUUUGUAUUUAGGAUAAGCUUGAUAGGUUUUUGCACUCGUAUUUGUGAUUCAGAUUAGGUUUUAACUCCUGCUGAUUUUCUAUCUAUAUUUGUUCUUUAUGAUAGAAAAAGAGAAUGUUUAGUCUAGUAUCUAUCUCUGAUCUACAUUCAUGAGAUAACAUUUAUUGUGGUGGUCAUCUUUACCUUUCAUUCUGGGGUGAGUCACAUGGAUACUCAUGUUGCCUUAAGGCACCAUAACACCAUGAUGAUGAUGAUGAUGAUGUCGGCAUCAUAAUGCCCCCACACAACCUUCCAAAUACAGCUCAUCACAUCAUUGAUUCCACCGACCUCAAGAUAAUUUCCCUCUCUUAUUAUUGAUCUUUGUGUGAACCCAAAUCAAUGACAUCUGAUAUUUUGUAAGUUCCAUAUAACAAGUUAUGUGAUGCUUUUCAUGGAUUUGUGGACAGAUUGUAAGAAAAACGAAUCCAUAAACAGUCUGACGACUGAUGAUACGUAAAUACAUACAAGCACAUAUAGAAACAGAUGGUUACAUUAAGAAUAAUACAAGACUCUAUGAUAACAAUAGAGUCAAAUCACACAAACUCAUUAACCAAAACAAUAAAAUGAAUGGAGAAAAAAAAAA